AUGCGCUUCAGCACCGCUUGUGUCGUGUGCACUGCUGCCAUUGUUGGUCAAGCAUCCGCUCAGACGUUUCAGCGUCUCGGUGCAUGCCCGACCCUCGGCUGUGUGUUUCCACCUGACCAGUCUGACUUCCUGCCCGGUCAAUGGUUCGACAUCCGUCUAGAGACCCACGCGCCUCAGAACGGCAGUGAGGUCGUACCCGGCUACCUCACCCCCGACGAGAACUUUACUUUCACCCUCGCGAAGGACGGUCAGCAAAAGGACUGCAAGAACGCCGCUUCCUACUUCAAGAUCGCCGAACCUGCCAUUGAGAGAUGGAACUUCACUUGGUACGAAGAUCUGUUCGCCCAGGCUGCAAAGACACCUUCAAUGGUCAAGGUUGCGGCCAAGGCUUACAGAAAGGUUGCCCUUUACGAGCCUGGAAAUUACAUUGCUACUCUUACCUACGGCAACGGAAGUGUCACCCAGGCCAACUGGACCGUCCGUGACACCAAAAUUUCGCAAAAAGCAAAGAACGUUAUCAUGUUUAUCGGCGACGGCAUGACUACAAAUAUGAUUACAGCAGCUAGAUUGAUUGCGCACCAGAGCGUCAACGGAAAGUACCAAAGUAAAAUGGCUAUGGACAGCUUCCCAGUCUUGGGUCACCAGAUGACCCACUCGAUUGACUCUUUCAUCACUGACUCUGCAAACUCGGCCACUGCCCUUUACACAGGUCACAAGAGUUCAGUCAAUGCCCUUGGUGUCUAUGCCGACUCAUCCCCUAAUCCGCUAGACGACCCGAAGAUUCAAUCAAUUGGCGAGCUGUUCCAUGAAGUCCGUGGUGGUGGCGUUGGUAUCGUCUCUACUGCCUUCAUCGCCGACGCAACUCCUGGUGCUUUGACGGCCCAUACGCGCAAUCGCGGCCAGUACGGCAACGUCGUUGACUCAUUCCUCAACGGUAUCAAGAACUACACAUGGCCAGAGUUCGAUGGACCUGAUGUUCUCUUCGGUGGUGGUGCCGAGCAGUUCAUACCCAGCAGCAAAUCCUUCCAAGGCUUGGAUUACUAUCAACAAUUCCGCAACAAGGGCUACAACGUGGUCCAAAACAACACCGCUCUCAAGAAUGCUUCCAACACCGAGCGCACUCUGGGUAUCUUCUCCGUCUCCAACAUGGCCAAGUGGCUGGACAGAAAUGUCUACAAGAACAACACCCAGAUCCCCAAGACUGCUCCCGAUGGCAGCAGUGCAGCUGCGACUGACCAACCCGGUCUCAAAGAGAUGACUCUCAAGGCUAUUGACAUCCUGCACAAGCGUAACCCCGACAAGGGUUUCUUCCUUAUGUCCGAGGCCGCUUCUAUUGACAAGAUGAUGCACGUACUUGACUACGAUAGAGCUCUUGGUGAAUUGCUCGAGUUGGAUGAUACCAUCAAGGCGACCAAGAAGCACCUUGAGGAAAUCGGUGAACUCGAGAACACUCUAAUUAUAGUGACCGCGGACCACGGGCAUGGUUUCGACGUCACCGGCGGCGUUGACACAAAGUAUAUGGAUGCCCAGACAAGCGAUAGAAAGAAGAGAGACGCCGUUGGAACCUACGAGCAAAGCGGAUUGAGUCAGUAUAUGGUCGCUAACCGGUCUGCCCCCAUUGGCAGCGACCAGAACCUCGUAUAUUCCGCCGGUGUCGACUUCCCUGUCAACUGGGACCCUCGCUACACUCUGCAGUCUGGUCUCGCGACGUUCCCCGACCACCGCGAGAACUACCGCGUCCACAAGAAGGGACCUCGCAUCCCUGCACUCAAUGUCACUGGUUUCAGCAGCAACGACUUUUAUGUCAACUAUAUCGACGCAGUAAGUGGGUUUUUGGUCAACGGAACGCUUCCUGUCUCUGCCGACCAAGGUGUGCAUUCGCUCACCGAUGUUCCCGUCUUCGCUCAAGGACCCUGCCAGAGCGCUUUCGGAGGUGUCUACAACAACGUCGACAUCUUCUACAACAUCGCUACUUGCUUGCGCUUGCAGAGAAACAAGGCUCCCAAAUAA